AUGAGUAGCUUACUGGAUUUCCUACAAGUAAAUAAACACAAGGUAGUACCGUAUGCAUUUUUACGCAUGCAUCGACUCAACGAAGUUGUUGGCUUAGUGGAGUUUAUGUUCCGGAAUAAACAUAAGACAUUCCGACCAAAGAAGCGAUUUCCCCAAGGAACUCUCAGAUAUAACCUGCACAAAAAGGCCGAGGCCACACUUCACUCAGGUGUUGAUCUUCGAACAGCCGUGAGAUUACCUGUAAAUGAAAAUCUGGAUGAUUGGAUUGCUGUACACACUGUUGAUUUUUUUAACCGGAUCAAUUUGAUGUAUGGAGUCAUCGCUGAGGUGUGCACCAAAGAGUCUUGUCCAACAAUGUCUGGAGGAUCCAAAUAUGAAUAUCUUUGGCAAGAUGGAGCUGAUUACAAGAAACCCACACGAAUUGCUGCUCCGGAUUAUAUGAUGUUGCUCAUGGAUUGGAUUGAAUUGCGUAUCAAUGAUGAAAGUAUCUUCCCAACUUCUACAAAUAUUCCUUUUCCUAAAGACUUUCGCCAAAUAUGCAAGAAAAUACUCACUCGUUUAUUCCGGGUAUUCGUGCACGUCUACAUCCAUCACUUCGAUCGCUUGAUUGAUAUUGGAGCGGAGCCACAUGUCAAUACCCUGUACAAGCACUUCUAUUUCUUUGUCACGGAGCACAACAUGGUUUCUACAAAGGAACUAGAAGCACUGAAAGAGAUGACGGAAAGACUCCUCGAAAGCAGCCAAAACCGCCGUUUCAGAAAUUUGCAUAGUAAAUUAGAUUUGACGUCGAGGAGUUGCGUUCUCAUGCCAUUUUUGCCUUGA